AUGGGUGAAGUCGUGGACAAUGGCUCAAGCACCUUGGCCAAACCAUGGGCAACGCUAGGUGAAACCAUGGGAUACACCAUGGGCAGCGCUAUGGGCAACACCAUGGGCGGCACCAUGGCCAAUGGAGAGGGCAACAUCAACAAUAGGGAUGCGAUGGGCACUAGGCAGAGUGGCACCAAUGACGCAAGAGGUAGACAGGGAGGCAUUAGAGUAUUAGGCAAAAGUGGCAUUACCAUAGGCGACUCCAUGGAUGACGCUGGUGUAGGUGACGGUGUUGGGGAGCUAGGUACCAGCACAGGUAGGGAGCUAGGCAAUGACGUUGGGGUGUUGGGCAAUGGUGUGCAAUUGACUGGUGUCGGUGGAGAACGGUGGGCUAACGUCAGUAUGUAG